CUGUCUCUUUUACGCACCGAGUCCGAUAAUGCGCGCAGGUACAGGGACCUUAAUCGCCACAUUUCCAGCCGCGACACUGAACAAUUAAUCUCCUCUUUUUAUGGACUAAUAUGAAAGAAGUGGAUGCAGAGGUCUGACACAGCCAAGAAAGGAGGCACGUUUCUUGUGGAGCAUUCUUGUUUUCCAUCACCGAGCGUCAGCAUGGAUGUCUUAGCGAACCACAGUAUCUUUCAGGAACUUCAGCUGGUGCACGACACCGGCUACUUCUCUGCCAUGCCUUCGCUGGAGGAAAACUGGCAGCAGACCUGCUUAGAAUUGGAGCGUUAUCUUCAGACGGAGCCCAAGCGUCUCUCAGAGCUCUUCGACCAAGACCUGGAUGGCCUACUAACUCCUGCCUACCUAAAGGAGGACGGCGAGGAAGAGCUGACAGACGCCCUGCUUCCCAGCCUGCCCAGCCUUCCUGAGCCUCCGAGCCCACCUCCAGUCAUCCUCUGCCCAACAAAGAAGAAUUUUCCCUCAACCGGUGUAAUGAAAAAAGACAUCAAACCUAAGGGCCAUGGCCUGGAAAACGUAGAAGUAAUGGAAGGGGUCCACCAGGCCCAGCUGAGUGCCGUCACCUCCCUGACGCCCCCGUCGUCGCCAGAACUGGGUCGGCAUCUCUUCAAACCCAACCAGACACUGACAGCCUCCGCUGACGGGACGCUUACCCUGAAGCUGGUGGCCAGGAAGGUGGGACUAAGCGCGGCUCGGCUUGUGGCGGCGCACACACUCCCCGUUCGGAUGAAGGACGAAGAGGAGGGGGCGGCGUGUGUUAUCGGGGUGGGGGAGCUACCGGAGAACAAGAAGAGGAUCCAUCGCUGUCAAUUCAACGGCUGUAGGAAGGUGUACACCAAGAGCUCCCACCUAAAGGCCCACCAGAGGACACAUACAGGUGAAAAGCCGUACAAGUGCUCGUGGGAGGGCUGCGAGUGGCGAUUCGCCCGGAGCGACGAGCUGACGAGGCACUACCGCAAACACACCGGCGCCAAGCCUUUUAAGUGCAACCACUGUGACAGGUGUUUCUCGCGGUCGGAUCACUUGGCACUACACAUGAAGAGGCACAUCUGAGGAAAUUGAGAGAGGUCAGCAGGAGUGGAAGGGGAUGGAGGCGGAGUGGAAGAAGGAGAAGUAACACCAUUGAUGUAAGAGAGAGACGGCGGGAUGGACUCAAUAAGAUACCACAUUUGGCCAUUCUGGACUGGAGGGAGAGGCACCGCACAGGGACACUGACUACAGACAGAAACACAGACAGGAAAGACAGACGGAUCCUAAAUGGCUCCGUCAAUCUGUGCUCAACCAGUCGGUCCAUGAUUCCACAGUGACACGCCGUCACCUUGCAAAUGUCUCCCAGUUUUGUCGCAUGGACGAUGCAGACGCUCCAUCCCACCCUUCGUAUGUGUCUCGGAGGGGAUGUCACGCGAAGAAUGGUGGACCACGUGCCCUGUAGUUGGCAGCUCUUUGUUGUAGUCGUCCUUUGCAAUCGUCCCUCGGUGAAACGCUUCCAAAAUGUCAGCCCUGUUCAUGCAGCGGUACGCCGCGUACCAGCGAGCUCACCAAAACCAAACUGGACCAGUUGUACAGUAAAUCAGUGCGCUAACAGCAGAACUGCUGUUUGUAUAUUCAAGAUUUCCUUUUCUUCGACCCAACCUUUAGCUGAGGAGAACAGUCAAUUUUCCGACAGUAGCUAACCACAUCUCACAGGGUAAGCAAGCAAGAAAGCUGGCUUUCUCUCCUUCAAACCUGCCACAGCCUUUAUAAAUCGCCAAAGGGGUUUAUCACAUUAUAUAUAGGAUAGAUAAUAAUUUGUCAAUUUUUCAUCUGGAUCCAUUUAUAAAUCCUUCUGGUUCGAUGGCACUUGUUUGAACGGAGCGUUAGAUUGGUUAGAUUUCUCAAAGACUUGAGAAUGGGUGUGUGUGGCUCGCUUUAUGAACAUCUUCCAUUGAGGGUUACCACUGGAUUAGGCUAAUUAAUCUACUCUGGGAAAGACUGUUCCUCUCCUAGAAUGUCAUCUGAAACUGAGCUUCUCAAGAGAUGCUACAUGGAUCCUAAGAGGGUUUUUCCUCUCCAGGAUCUUGGCUCUUACGAGUUGUCGUCAGGAUCUGUUGCACAAUUGACUCUUUGCAAACGUUUUGUAAAAAAAAAAAAUGCCCCACCAUCUUGAACUGGGAGACAAUGCAGGACUCACCAAACGCUGGCUGGCUUCCACAUGCCGUCGAAGUGUGGACAGCCACAUGCACAAGUCGAAGCAGCUAGCUGACUGUGAUAGCACACUGAACGCAAACAAGAUCACUAUGUAUGAAGGCUAUAUUGUUUCAAAGAAAAGAUUCUCGUAUUUGUUCAAAAAAGACAAUUGAAAAGACCAUUUUGAAGAACACGUUGAAAAUGGAUGCAGCCAAAAAAAAGUGUCUCGUGUAGAUGCCUGAAAUGAUCUCUUUGGCCUUUGAGAGUGAUUGGCACCUAUAGGCACUGGGUUGAGGAUGUUAUUUUUGUCCUGUUCACACCACUCAUACAGAACUCUUCCAAUUUGACUUCAUUUCAGAGAAAAGCAGAAUUCAACAGCUCUCCAACAGGCCCUAUGCAUAUCCAGGAACAUCCCUGCUGACUUCCUGACCACACAUGCAUGUCUGAACGCAGAUUGCUGGACACGGAAGGACUUGUAGGACAAAUUCAAUCAAUUGGGUGGCUCUUCUCGGAGCAAAUCAAUGUGAAUGUAUCUGUUGUUAGUCUGUACAUGUUGCUAGGCCCAUGAAAACACACAUGUGAGUGUGCUUGGUAAGACCCGUUUGUAGUUUCUCUUUUUCACAUUAGAAAUGAAUGCUUGGACUUGGAAUAACUAGCUAGUCACGGCUGGAAGCUUUUGACUUUUUACUGGUCAUACUGGACCGGCGGGGAGGUCGUGAUUUCCAGUGGGUGGCUGAAAUGGGUUAUGGGAGGAACAUAUCUGCUCAGUCAGCACAUGAUAACUGCCCCAUCAGCUCAUGAAACUGCAGUGGAGUGAAACCCACACACGAGACACAUACAUACACUCCUAGAAAACUGGAAUUAACAUUUGUCCUUGGUGAUCUGUCUCAAGAGAUUUUGCUCCCGCUGUCUUUAAUCUGCAAAUAGAAAUGAAUUUCGGACGAGCAUCGAUUCAACUCAAGCGCACAUAAAACAAACAGGCAGCUUGGACAAAAGUAGACUGUCAGGAUUCUUACCGACGGCAUUGGGAACAACUAUGUUGAGGUGUUUUAUUCUUUAUUUUACAAGACUUUUAAUACUUUGAGGCAAAGUGAAGCACACAGUAGUCUGCUUUUUUGGCAAGGGAGGCAGUAAAUUGAUUUCACUCUGUAUACCAGAGGCGCAUUUCAAUUUCGGGUAUGAAUGCAGCCCCGCUCAAUCAUAUCCAGACAUGAUCUGUCCGCGCGGCUCUGGAAGUAGAAGCUGUACGCUGCUCCGCAUAAAUAUUGAACUCUUUUUGUUUAAACGUGCAAACAAGCCUGGCUCACUUUUUAUAUUGAACAUCUAGGUGACAGGCCUUCACUUGCCAAGACGGGAGGGAUCACAAUAGAAACCAACUGGUAGACGUAUUUAACUGCUGGUUUAUUUUCAAGGAGACCAAAUAUUCUCACUGGCCAUCCAGGUUGCAGCUACAACACUAUCAAUGCUAACCAUUCUUUGCGUUUGUUGGCAUUAAUACACAGUCAAGGAGAUGUAAAAAUAUCCAGUUCAGAUGGGAGUGUCAGGGACAGGUGAGCUGGUUUGUGGUCUUCCUGCUCUCCACGUGGAAGAUAAAAUGAAGAAUAGCAGUGUAACCCACGGGGUAAAAUUUUAUCAUCAAUGGCAGCUCUACUUGUGUUUCAGUAUUUCAGCUCUCCUGUUGAACUGAACGGUUGCGAAUGUGUGGGAAUGUGCAUCUCUGAAGUGUUUAAUUUUUUGUGUUCAUGUUCUGUACCAAUCAUUGAGGAUUUUUGAGGACUGAAAACACUGAAUGUGUUGUGUUUUAUUCCAACUUUUAAGGAGCCAAGACAUGGGAAUAUUCAAACUACAGGACAGUUUUAACAAAUCUGGACUUUCUCAAGCUCAAAGACUGGGGAUUUCAAAUGUGAAUGUGUUUUCCAGAAAGGUUGUUUCAUGUUGUCGGAGGAUGCGGUUCUGUGUCAUCUUAAUGAAUGAUUGUCAAUUCUGCUGUGCCUGUGUGUUCUUCGUCUGUUUGUAUUUGCACUCUGAAUUUUUUGGGAAAAAUCACUUGCAUAUCUGAUGUUUUUCUGUCCGCUUGUACACUACACUUCACCUGACGACCCCCUGGGUGAUGAUAACACUGAUCACAAAGUCUGUAUAGUAGCUGUUUUUUAGCACAAAUGUACAUGGAUUCACACACCUACACAAACUGCAUGCAUGCAGACACUCCCUGAACACGCAGAUUCAUACAAAAACAUACAUGCACAUACACACACACACACAUACACACACACUCCCCGUUCUCCUUGUGUGUUUUUCACUGUUUUUCAUGCCACCUUGUGGGAGUCAGAGAUCCAGACUGCAGCUCUUGCUCUCAGCAGAGGGGGGGAGCGCGCAUUACUAUGUGUGACACCACCUCUGUUUCCACCAGGUCUGAAUUUCAAAUCAAACGAACCCCCUUUUUCUACCAGCAUUCCCUCAUCGCCGCCCCCCCCCCCCCCCCCCCCCUUCUCCCUCCUCCAUUUUCUCAGAUAUGAUCCCUUUCAACUCCUCUCCUCUGUCCGACCCCCCUCCCCCCCUCCGCCUCCCUUCCUCUCCACCUUUUUCCUCCGUUGUCUUUCUCCUUUUCUUUCGCUGUACAAAGUGUUUCAAAUUUAUCAUUUGUAUAUUAUGAUGUAUGGGUACAAUAAUGUUCUUUAUUAUGAAAAAAUUAGAAAGAUUUAUUUUUGUUACCGGUUUGUUUCAUAAUUCCUUUUUUAAAUUGGUAUUGUAAUAUCUCUAUGCAAGGAACUGUUCGGUGAAUCGUUUUUAUUUAAGAAUGUAAUUAUGUGUAAUAAAUGGUAGAAGCAG